AUUAACAUGUGUGACUGAUACUUGUCUUAUUGUCAAUUUAAUUUUCACAAAUUAUUAACAAUAUUAUUAGCAUACAAAUAAUUAUAUUAAUCUUAUUUAAAAUUAAAUGUAGAUAUUUAUUUAAAUAAAUCAGAAUUAAAAUUUUAUGAUUAAACUUUCUCCGGUCUUCUUGUUUUUCUUUGGGCCAUUUAUUAAUGGUUGAAUUCUAGAAUUUCUUUUUUCUGUAAAAAAACGCUUUUUUGGAACAAAAGAAGGAAAAGGAAAAAUGGAAAAAGAACUGACUGAAGAUGCGAUCUUUGAUUUGAUCCUGGGAGUGUGGAGAAAUCUAGGCCGUUAGCCUUUUCAAUUUUUUAUUAAUUAUCAGACAGUGAAUACAGAGAGAGAAAUGAAAGGAGGCGAUGAGGAGGUCGCAACUCCGGCUGGCCCGCCACAGCCGUUGGAUUGGAAAUUUUCUCAGGUAUUUGGUGAACGAAUCGCUGGAGAAGAAAUUCAAGAAGUUGAUAUUAUUUCCGCAAUUGAAUUCGAUAAAACUGGGGAUCAUCUUGCAACUGGUGACCGUGGGGGCCGUGUGGUUCUUUUUGAGAGGACAGAUGCAAAGGAUCAUGGUCUAUCAAGAAGGGAUCUAGAAAGAACGGAUUAUCCAAUUAGUCGGCACCCUGAGUUCCGUUACAAGACAGAGUUCCAGAGCCAUGAGCCUGAGUUUGACUACCUCAAGAGCUUGGAAAUAGAGGAAAAAAUCAACAAAAUCAGAUGGUGCCAAACAGCCAAUAGUGCACUGUUUCUCCUCUCCACCAAUGAUAAAACCAUCAAAUUUUGGAAGGUACAAGAAAAGAAGAUCAAGAAAAUUUCUAAAAUUAUUGCUGACCCUUCGAAAGCUGUUGGAAAUGGAAAUGUUGCUAGUUCAAGUAAUUCAAAUAGCCCAAAACCUUUUCCUACAAAUGGAGUCUCCCCCGACAGAUCCUGCAACCAUUUGGGCAAUGACCUCUCUUUCCCACCAGGAGGCCUUCCAUCGCUAUGUUUACCUGUGGUAGUAACAAGUCAGGAGACCAACCUAGUGGCGAGAUGUCGAAGAGUAUAUGGCCAUGCUCAUGAUUAUCAUAUCAACUCUAUUUCAAAUAACAGUGAUGGCGAAACUUUUAUAUCAGCUGAUGAUUUGCGUAUAAAUCUUUGGAACCUGGAAAUUAGCAAUCAAAGUUUCAAUAUUGUUGAUUUAAAGCCUGCAAACAUGGAGGAUCUAACUGAGGUUAUAACAUCAGCAGAGUUUCACCCUGCCCACUGUAAUAUGUUGGCAUAUAGUAGCUCAAAGGGCUCGAUUCGCCUCAUUGAUUUGCGGCAAUCAGCUUUGUGUGAUUCUCAUGCCAAAUUGUUUGAAGAAUCAGAGGCACCUGGUUCUAGAUCGUUUUUUACAGAGAUAAUCGCCUCAAUAUCAGAUAUUAAAUUUGCCAAGGAUGGAAGAUAUAUUCUCAGCCGUGAUUACAUGACUCUUAAGUUAUGGGACAUAAACAUGGAUUCGGGUCCCGUUGCAACAUUCCAGGUUCACGAAUAUUUAAGACCAAAGUUGUGUGAUUUGUAUGAAAACGAUUCAAUCUUUGACAAAUUUGAGUGUUGCCUAAGCGGUGAUGGAUUGCGAGUUGCGACAGGUUCCUACAGCAAUCUAUUCCGUGUAUUUGGUUGUGCCCCUGGAAGCACUGAGGCAACGACUUUGGAAGCCACCAAAAAUCCAAUGAGGAGACAAGUUCAGACACCCUCAAGGCCUUCCAGAUCCCUAAACAGCAUAACACGUGUUGUACGACAAGCAGAAACCCUUGGAGUUGAUGCAAAUGGAAACUCUCUUGAUUUCACGACAAAGUUGCUGCACUUAGCGUGGCACCCCACCGAAAACUUGAUAGCUUGUGUUGCUGCUAACAGCUUGUACAUGUACUAUGCAUAAAAGAUGGUCCAAGAAGCAAUGUAUUUCCUUGGUUUAACUUUUAUUUGGGAGCUGGUAGCAAAACUUUCUUUCACUUUCCUGCCGACCAUCGCGUUAAAUGCUACAUCGACUCUUUAACACUUUUGGUAGCCCUAAAAUCCGUAGCACAUCCUAGUAUCGAGGUCAAGAAGUAUCUUAGCAAGGAAGAAACAUAUCUUUGUUCUCGGGUAGGCAGCUCAAUUCUCUUUUCCCCUUUACCCCCUCAUCUCCGAAACCCGAAAAUUUUCUUUUCCCUUCCGUAAUCUUCUUUCAAAGUAGAAGGUGGAGUUAUGUUUCUAAGACGUGUUGAGUUGAAGUUAGCAGAAAAUAUGAUUGUAGCAAAAGGAUGUUCAAAAUAUUUGGCACAAGGUUCAAAGGUAACUGUAAAUUAAAUUUUUUUUCUUACUUUUUUUGGGCUCAAAAUCAUGGUGGGAAGUAGCUGUUGGAACUUGCAUCAUUUAUUUUUUUGUUUGAUUCUUUUGUCAUGUUUGGAACUCGGGAAAAAUCCCGAAAUUACACAUGGAAUACGAGUUUUGAUUUGAUCCAA